AUGGCGCUUCCGCAAACCGUCUCGUUUGGCUGGCGCAUCGGUGUUCUGGCGUGGCUAUGCUUGCUCUGGCUUGCGGACGAAGGUACGGCCCUGUCUAUCCGACGAUCGACCCUCAACGUCAAGGCCGACGCAUCGUCGGAUCGGAUCGCCGCAGCCAGAGGGCAACAGAGCAGGCUGGCACUGCGAAAGGGAAGCCGGGGAAGGAGUAGGCGGCGACGAGGGGAUGCCAAGGGCAAGGAGGGACAUGCCAACAAGGCUUACGGGGCCAAGCAGGGCGAGAACCGCCUGCUCCCAGCCGGCAACAUCGCCACGGCACCUGGCCACGAAGGUGUGGGACGCUGGCACGACGUCCCCUACGGCCACUUCCGCCCUUCAUUUGGCAACGGGGCGGCUACGGCGCCGGGCAACAAGACGACACCUCAAGACGAUCCGACCGGUCUAGCGCCUGCGCUGGCGCCGGGCGUGACCAAUGCGCUGGGCGAAGGCUUCGACCCGCAGUUCCUCACCGUCCCUCUGGGCAACGGCAGCCAGCUCUUCGUGACGCCAGACGUCAACUUCGGUCUGCAGGCCUUUCUGCGCGCCAGCACCGACCUCAACGACAUCUACCGCGACGAGGCCAAGAACCACGUCAUCUUCAACUACUCGUCGACCGACUAUCCGGAGGGCGUGGGCACCGAGGCCGCCGACAUUACGCCUUGGGAUGGCGGCCGGUUCCUCUACACGGUCUCGGCCGUAGCUGACGAUACGAUGCGGGCGCUCCUCUCGCGGACCCAGGACGUGCUGGGCGAGUACGAGGAUCUGGGCCGAAUCACGCACAACGGCACGGCGCUCAAGGGCUUCGACCCGCACGUCAUCGUCCACCCUAACGGCAAAAAGUACCUCACCUGGUCCAACCACGAGUACGUGCAGAUCGUCGAGCUGACCAGCGCCAACACGGCCGACGGGCCCAUCGUCAACCUCGUCUCGUACGGCGUCAAUACCGAGGCGCCGACGUCGUGGUUCUACCCGAAUCGCAUCAACGGCUCCCAGACCCUCAACCUGGCGUACGCCGAGGGCAACUUCUACCAGUCCAACUACAACACGCGCGUCCUGUUCCAGGACGUCUCGAGCGACCCGCUCGAUCCGGCGCAGUGGUACCAGCGGGGCGCGUCGACGCUCAGCUCGUCAUCGUCGCGCGGCGUGUUUGGACCGGGCAGCGGCAGCUUCUUCCGCGGUCCUGAUGGUCAGACCUGGUUUGGCUACGGCGCGUUCGAUGACCAGGACGGCGCAGAGGAUGGCAAGAACGACCGGUUCGUCCGGGUCCAGGUUGCUGCGGCCGACGACAAGGGCGUGUGGAUCCCGACGCAGGUCGUCGAGACCCCCAAGACGUACUAG